AAUGCACUGGUGCAUCAAAGGAAUACAAAAGAGAGUAAAACAUAAACUGCUUUCUAUUGUAUUAGAUCAAAUUCCGCUCAAUUUGCUUUUCCAUACCUCCUUUCACAUUUACUCACACAUAAAGUGCCAAGAAACCUACAGUACGGAAGCUGAAUUUGGACAAAAUAAAUGCAAUGUACACACUUUUCUGAGACAAAACAUUUAUUUGCAGCCAGAACAAGUAGAAACAAGCCAAAACAAGCAUUUCAAAUUAAUGCUGACUUUUCAGCAUAUAAGUCUUAGAGAUAAUAAAGCAGGAAAAAAAGAUGAAACGGCAACAGUAAUAAUAGUUUUGCCCACUAGAUGGGGCAAUUUCUCUUGUGGAACGGAAGCUCGACAGAAACCUAAACAACAAUGGCGACCUUUCCUUUUGCACUUGCCAAUCCAUGCAUAUAUUUUGGACGGAAUGUGAACAGAUAUAAAUAGUCUACAGUUAUCAGAGUGCUAAUAAACAUUGUGGGACAUGAUGCGCAAAUGCCAAAUGUUUAUUGUCAGAUUUUACCACAAUUUUAGCCAUUAACUCCCGUGUUAGCAUUUUGGUUGCCAUGGAAACGUAGAUUCGUUCGAAGAAAUCAACCAGCGUGGGCAAACCAAGAGAAUCUACAUUAUCCACAUGGAGCAAUACAGCAUCCUUGGCCGCAUUGGUGAAGGCGCCCACGGCAUUGUCUUCAAGGCAAAACACAUAGAGACUGGAGAGACUGUUGCACUGAAGAAAGUGGCUCUGCGGCGGUUGGAAGAUGGCAUCCCAAACCAGGCUCUGAGAGAAAUCAAGGCCCUGCAGGAGAUAGAAGACAACCAGCACGUGGUGAAGCUGAAGGCUGUGUUUCCUCAUGGGACAGGCUUCGUCCUGGUGUUUGAUUAUAUGCUCUCUGACCUUUCGGAGGUCAUCAGAAACUCUGAGCGCCCCCUGACCCCAGCACAGGUCAAAGGUUACAUGAUGAUGCUGCUGAAAGGCGUGACCUUUCUGCACCACAACAACAUCAUGCACAGGGACCUGAAGCCAGCAAACCUCCUCAUCAGCUCCUCUGGACAUCUGAAGAUUGCAGACUUUGGUUUAGCCAGACUUCUUAGUGAGCAGGGGGAGAGACUUUACAGCCACCAGGUCGCCACUAGAUGGUAUAGAGCUCCUGAGCUGCUUUAUGGAGCCAGAAAAUAUGAUGAAGGAGUGGACCUCUGGGCAGUGGGCUGUAUAUUUGGGGAGCUGCUGAACUCCUCUCCUUUGUUUCCUGGAGAGAAUGACAUUGAACAACUAUGCUGUGUGCUGAGAGUGUUGGGCACACCCACUCAAGAAACAUGGCCGGAGAUGGUGGAGUUACCAGAUUACAAUAAAAUCACAUUUAAGGACAAUCCCCCUAUCCCACUAGAGGAGAUUGUCCCAGAUACUUCUCCUCAGGCUCUGGACCUUCUCUGCAAGUUCCUGGUUUACCCGUCCAAGCAACGCUGCUCUGCCAAACAGGCACUGCUGCACCCAUACCUGUUCACACCCCCUCUGCCCUCACACCACUCUGAACUUCCCAUUCCCCACAGACGACCCCCCCGCCACAGGGUCCAGGCCCCUCCCCCUGACCUGUCUGUGGACCUGCCCUUGAAAAACAGCCUGGUGGACCCCAAUCUGCUGCACCUGUGGACCUGCCCCUAAAACAGCCCACUGCACAUUGAACUCAGCUGACCCACGCACUACUGGUAGUUACUUAAUGCCAGCACUGUGUGAUGCAUUCCUCGCUAUAUUUUGGCUGAAUUCCUGCUUUAUUGAGCCGUUGUCCACAAGCAGACUGAAAGCUGUGUGAGUCUGUGAUUGAAGCAUGCAGGGUAGAAGUAGAGACCCAAAUAUUUAAACAAAAUAUUUGGGUCUGUAAAGACUUGUAUCUCUUUUCAUGGCAAGAAGUUGCUGAAAAUGGUAUGACAUCAUCUAAAUACCACAGGUCUGUUGUUUGUUUUGUUGAAAUACUUCCUGUAUUGUAAAGUAUGUUAUCAGAUUUUAAUAUUUUUACAUCAAAGGGCAAAUAGUGCAAUAUCUGUAGUUAAGACAUUUUUUCCAACCCAACACUUUGUUACGACUACCACUGUUAAAAGUCGAGAGGGAAUUUGUGCUCAAACUCAUUUAUUAACCAGUGAUUGUUUUUGUCUGUAUCUUUGUUGUUUGUUUGGGCUUAACUGGAGUCAACAGUUUGGGAACCACUGAAUAUCAAACAGUGAGUGAUUUAAAAAGAAGUGUUCCCUUUUUUUCAUAGAUUCAUUACAUGUAACAAUGGUAAAAUAUAAGGAAAUGGUUCUGUAUAAACAUCAAGUUUUCUGUCUGCCUCUCUUCAUUUAAUUCAUUAAAAUGUAGCAGAGGGUAAAAAUAAAGGCACUGGGUC